UAUUUGUGGUAUGAAUUGACAGCACCGGCAGACUUGGUUGUGAUCGGCUCCGGACCGGGAGGUUAUGUGGCCGCCAUCAAAGCCUCUCAAUUGGGAAUGAAGGCAUGUGAGACACUGGGCGGCACGUGUCUGAACGUCGGGUGCAUACCAUCCAAAGCACUCUUACAUAACUCACACUACUAUCAUAUGGCUCUUCAUAAUGAUUUCAAAACCAGAGGAAUUGAAUUCGAUAAUCUUCGGCUUAAUUUGGAUACACUUAUGGAACAAAAGAGAUCUGCGGUGAAGAGCCUGACCGGAGGAAUCGCCCAAUUAUUUAAGAAAAAUAAGUGUACCAAAUCAUCGCUGCAUGUGUUGAGUCCAUCCGUGUCUUUACCGCAUACUUCUGGAUGUGUGCAGACGUUAGACUUGAUGUCUCAGUCGAUAAUCUUCGGCUUAAUUUGGAUACACUUAUGGAACAAAAGAGAUCUGCGGUGA